AAUUACCCUCCAGCAGUGAACCGGAAGGUUGGACCUUAUCCUUUGCCUAUUGCACCCAGCAGGGCUGGGGGAGAUAUUUCUACCUUUUGCAGACAGGACUGAGUCAUCCGUCUCUAUCUACCCGCCCCGUCCCCAUAUCCUUCCCUCCCCACUCCCACUCUGCUUCUCUCCACUGUCGGCUUCCGAUCCGAGGGGUGCCGCAAAGCUUGCAGCCAGCCUCUCGCACCCCACCCAGAGGCUGAACAGCUGGACUCCAGCAGCUGUCAGAGGGCCGGCUGGCGGACUUGGGGGUGGGGUGGGGUGGGGUAGGGGUACUUUGUCUCGCGAGAAGUACGGAAGAGUAGGGGGGUAGGGGGGCGUAGGAGAGCUCCCGGGCUGCUCCGGCUGCUCCUCGCAGACCCGAGCUGGUCCUCUCUCUUGGGAGGGGCGAAGAUGGCGAGAGAUAAGCUCAAGCCCCCCAUCCUCUUCUUGGCCCUGUCCUUACACCUCGUGAAGCCCUGCGCUGCUGCAGAACACCAGAAGCCGUCCAUCAUCCCCACAGAUAAAUUAUUAGUCAUAACUGUAGCAACCAAAGAAACCGAUGGAUAUCAUCGAUUCAUGCAAACGGCCAAGUACUUCAAUUAUACUGUGAAGGUCCUUGGUAAAGGAGAAGAAUGGAGAGGUGGGGACAAGGCAAACAGUAUUGGUGGAGGCCAGAAAGUGAGAUUACUGAAAGAAGCCAUGGGAAGUUAUGCUGACCAAGAAGAUUUGGUUGUGUUCUUUACUCAAUGCUAUGACGUCAUCUUUGCUGGAGGCCCUGAAGAACUACUGAAGAAGUUCCAAAAGAGUAACCAUAAAGUGGUAUUUUCAGCAGAUGGAAUAUUAUGGCCAGAUAAAAGGCUGGCAGACAAGUAUCCAAUUGUCCACAUUGGAAAACGCUUCCUAAACUCAGGAGGAUUUGUUGGAUAUGCACCCUAUAUAAACCGCAUUGUUCAGCAAUGGAACCUUCAAGAUAAUGAUGAUGAUCAGUUGUUUUAUACUAAAAUUUAUAUUGACCCACUGAAAAGGGAAGCUCUUAAUAUUACAUUGGAUCACAAGUGCCGGAUUUUUCAGACCCUCAAUGGAGCUAUUGAUGAAGUUCUUUUGAAAUUUGAAAAUGGAAAAGCUAGAGCAAAAAAUACUUUUUAUGAAACAUUACCAGUGGUAAUUAAUGGAAAUGGCCCAACUAAAAUUCAAUUAAACUAUUUUGGAAAUUAUAUCCCUAAUGCUUGGACACAGGAAAAUGGAUGUGUUCUUUGUGAUUUGGAUGUAAUUGACCUCUCAACUAGAGAAGCCUAUCCAAGGGUAACAGUUGGUGUUUUCAUUGAGCAGCCGACUCCUUUCCUACCUCGAUUUCUAGACCUGUUGUUGACACUGGAUUACCCCAAAGAAGCUCUUAAAUUCUUCAUUCAUAACAGUGAGGUCUAUCAUGAAAAGCACAUCAAGGAAUUUUGGGAAAAAGCUAAAGAUGUAAUCAAGAAUAUAAAAAUUGUUGGUCCAGAGGAAAACCUAAGUCAAGCAGAAGCCAGAAAUAUGGGGAUGGAUCUAUGUCGUCAAGAUGACAAGUGUGAUUAUUACUUUAGUCUUGAUGCGGAUGUUGUUCUGACCAAUCCAAGGACUUUGAAGAUAUUGAUAGAACAAAACAGAAAAAUCAUUGCCCCUCUUGUAACUCGGCAUGGAAAGCUAUGGUCCAACUUCUGGGGAGCGCUAAGUCCUGACGGGUAUUAUGCUCGAUCUGAAGAUUAUGUAGACAUUGUCCAAGGCAGCAGAGUAGGGGUAUGGAAUAUCCCAUACAUGGCUAAUGUGUACUUGAUUAAAGGGCAGACUCUUCGUUCCGAGAUGAAUGAAAGGAACUAUUUCAUUCGUGAUAAAUUGGACCCUGAUAUGGCCCUUUGCCGAAAUGCAAGGGAAAUGACUAUACAAAGGGAAAAAGACUCCCCUACUCCGGAAACAUUCCAAAUGCUCAGCCCCCCAAAGGGUGUGUUCAUGUACAUUUCUAACAGACAUGAAUUUGGAAGGCUGUUAUCCACUGCUAAUUACAAUACUUCCCAUUAUAAUAAUGACCUGUGGCAGAUUUUUGAAAAUCCUGUGGACUGGAAGGAAAAAUAUAUCAACCCUAACUACUCCAAGAUCUUCACGGAAAAUUUAGUGGAGCAGCCUUGCCCAGAUGUCUUUUGGUUCCCCAUAUUUUCUGAAAAAGCCUGUGAUGAAUUGGUUGAAGAAAUGGAACACUAUGGACAAUGGUCGGGGGGAAAACAUCACGAUAGCCGUAUAUCUGGUGGUUAUGAAAACGUCCCAACUGAUGACAUCCACAUGAAGCAAAUUGGAUUGGAAAAUGAAUGGCUUCAUUUUAUCAGAGAAUUUAUUGCACCAGUUACAUUGAAAGUCUUUGCUGGCUAUUAUACAAAGGGAUUUGCAUUACUGAAUUUUGUCGUUAAAUAUUCUCCUGACCGACAGCGUUCCCUUAGACCCCACCAUGACUCAUCUACUUUUACAAUCAAUAUCGCUCUCAACAAUGUGGGAGAAGACUUUCAGGGAGGUGGAUGCAAAUUUCUAAGGUACAAUUGUUCUAUUGAGUCCCCCAGAAAAGGCUGGAGUUUCAUGCAUCCUGGAAGACUUACUCAUUUGCACGAAGGACUUCCUAUUAUAAAUGGAACAAGAUAUAUUGCAGUGUCAUUUAUUGAUCCAUAAAUUAUUUUCCUCCAAUCAAAUCAAGUUGCCUUUUAUUUUUGGAUGGCUGUUCUACAAAAAAAAAAGUCUGUUCAAGUUAUCAGUGAGAAGAAAAGAGAAUUAUUUAAAUAACUUCUACAAAGCAGCUUCACUUAGGACAAAAAAUUUUAAAAAAGGCUUUUCUUUUAAUUAUUCCAUACUUACAUACAGAUGUCUGCUCUGAGCCUCGAGUCACAGGUUGAAAGAGAAAAAAAGAAAAAAAAAGUUCCUAUGCUGCUCUCAGAGAGGAUGAAAGAAUUAACUUUGAAUUGGUUGUUUUAGUUACGAAAUAAUUUAGACACUAAGGUACAAGUGAAGUUUGUGGUUUGUAAUGUUUAUUUUCUAAUUUUGAAAAGCAAUCCCAGAAGAAUUGUGUUUACUGCUGGUCUGGGGGAAACAGUCUAAGUGCGUAUGAUAGACAAGCAAUAUUUAAAGCCCAAGGGGUCUGGGAUCCCAUUGUGGUGUUGAUUCCUGGCACAUCUCUCUUUCACAUAUGCCUUAAAAUUCACAAGCCAUCAUCUUUCUGAUGAGGCUCUUAGAAGAAGCUUACUGCUUAAAUGUCCUGAAGAAGAGGAAAACUGCAAAGUGUUCCUGUUACCUCAAGUAUAUAUAGAGUGUGCGUCAACAUGGAAGUGAACUGAGUUUCUUAUGAUCACCAAGUGCCCUUCAGUCCAAAUGUUAUUUUUGAAAAGCCGGAAAAUAGUAAAAAAAAAAACCAUAAAAAGUAGAAAAACUGCAUCCAGAUUAUAGGUAAAUUUUAUAAAUAACAUUUUUUGUUUCAAGUACUUGAAUUUUAUAUCAGGAAAAUGAAGUUGUUGAGCCCACCUUCUUUCCCUUUAUCCAUAUCUUCUUUAAUCUUUCUAUCCUUCCCCUACUUUGUUUCUUUGUUUUAUUUUUCAUUUGCCUCUGUUCUUCAUUCCUCCAUUCUCCCUUUUCUACUUUCUCCUUAACCCCUCUUUGGGGUGGGGGAAGGUGGUGGGUCCUUCAAAAUAAGUGUGUUGUCUUAAUUUUUCCAUUUAGUUUAAUGAAUGAGGUUUAAGAAUUCUUACUGUAGCUACUGUUUGUAAUUUAAAGGUUAAACUUGAAAAAAAAACAACAAAAAAAAGAACUCUUAAGUCAUGGUGCCAAAGACCAUUAUUCUAACACCAUGUGUUAGAAACUUGUGAUAAAUAAAAAACAAAGAAAGAGAAAAAUGUGGGUGCUUUUUUUAAAAACAAAAGAUAUUAUUAAGGUUUUGCCCUUCUAAGCUUGUUUGUAUGUUUCAUACACACAUACACAGACACACAGUAAUCAAAGAAAAAAUGAAAGACGAAAGGAUAUCUACUCUUCGCUAUUUACACACAAUGCCACAGAAACGUGUGUUACCUUUUCAUGAUUUUUAACUUUUGUAUUCAGCAUAUUUAGUGCUCUUAAAACACAAGCAAAGAUUUUCAUCAGGAAAAAAAAAUUGUUCAUAGAAUUUCUAGAUAGUUCAAUUCAUAUGGCACCUUAGAGAUCACCUAGUCUAAUCCCGCCCGUUUUCUAGAUGACAAAAUUGAAGGCCAGAUAGCAAUUGGUAACUUGCCCAGCCAUUUUUGUAAGAAUUAAAUAGGAGAGAUGUGACUGGAAUUCCCAAGUCUAACUCAUAAUUUAACACUAUCCAUUUUAUGCUGGUGACACAGAGCCAAGCCACAUCUUUAUCAUAGAGCAACCAGACUGAGGAAACCUCUCUAGUGAUGCUUUAUGAAGGAUGAUAUCAUCGGGCCGUUUAGAAGUGGCCACUCUUACGUGUGUAUUUUGACUGCAAUUUUCAUAUUCACUCUAAAUGACUUUAUUGUGAAAUACUAAAAUUUGUAAUUCUUGACAUUACUGAACGCACAGUGUUUCACCCAAAGCAUGUAUGUGAUUGUACAUUGUAAAUUGAGUAGUAAGAAUUUCUUCUUCCCACCUCUGCUGCCACAUGCCUAUUUUCAUUUUCAUCUCUGAAUGUUAUUAUGAGCCAUGGUGUCAAUGACAUUUUACCAGGAAGGGAAAUGGACACUUAGGAGCAGAUAUGUAGAAACUUUAAAUUAAUCAGUAAAUCAGCCAACAUUUAUUAAGCAUGAGCUGUGCAUUGUACAAUAGUCCCUGCCUUCAAGGAGCUUAACGAAAGUCUUGCUUGGGUACACAUGUUCUCUGUCUCAGCCUCUGUGUCUCUUUCUCUGUGCCUCUCCUCCUUCUCUCUUCUCUCUGUCUGUCUGUCUGUUUGUUUGUCUCUCUCUCUCUCUACUUGUCAGAAGAACCAAAUUCUAAUCUUGGCUUUGGGUCAGUCACUAACCUCUUGAUCUGUUUCAUCAUCUAUUUAAAAAUAUAAAUAUCUGUACUACCUCAUAGAUUUCUUGGUAUGUCAUAGGAUUUAGAAUUGGAAGGGAUGUUAGAGACCAUCUAGUCCAGCCACAUAGUCUUUAUAGAUGAAGAAACUAGGGAGCAGAUAGGGAAAUGCCCUGUUCAAAGUCACUGAGCUCAUGAAAUGCAGGGCCAGGAUUUGAAUCCAGGUUUCUUGAAUUUCAAAUACAGUGACCUUCCCAGGACACAAUAUGGCUACUAUACCACGUAGACCUACCUCAGAUGAUGAAUGUGAAAACGCCCAAUCAACUGUAAAGCACCGGGUAAAUAUAUACUGUUACCCUUUGUCCUGGAGUUCUACCAACCUUAUAGAGAAGUCCAUUUUUCUUUCUGUUAAGCUAUGAAGCUCAUCUUUGUAUGAAAUUUUUGGAACCUGUUAAAAGUUUUGUGAGGAGUUUGGUUCAGUCAGGGAUUCUCCAAGCUGUAGGAAAGUUAUAACCACAGAGACAUUCUCAGCACAUUUAAGAUUCAGUCAGCUAAUGGCUCCUUUAGAAAAGAUGUUGACCAGGUUGGAAAGUUAAGGAAGUGUUUAGGAGUCUAUGAAAGCAACCUUUGUUAACCAACUCAGAGGGGUGUGUGUGUGUGUGUGUGUGUGUGUGUGUGUGUGUGUGUGUGUGUGUGUGUCCUCACUGUGGUCCAUUAGGGUAACAUGGUACAGCUGUCUGCUUCUAAACAAAUUAUUAUUUUUUAAAAAAAGGAAAUAGUCAUUGGAAGGGGGGAAGGGAGAAAAAAAUAGAAAUAUUUAGGACAGAUGAAUAUAGACUAAAAUCUGAAGAAAAACUGUAGUCACAAUUAGACAUUAUUAAGAGAACACAUCAUUAAUUUAGUUUCAAAACAACAAGAUCCAUCUCAUGUUUGUAUCAUAGAUACAGAGUUAAAAAGGGAUCUUAGAGACCAUCUGAUCCAAUCCUUUGAUUUUAAAAAUGACCAAAUGGUUACCUAGACAGGUUGACUCACAUAAGUGGCAAAACUAGGAUUUAUUCUGAAGCAACUUCACAUAUUCUUACAUCCUUUGAUGUCUAUCAAUAUCACUCUACAGUGCUAGAUUUGCAGUUAAGAAAACCUGGGUUCAAUUCUUUCUCAAAUACUGGUUUUGUAACACUUAGCAAGUCACUUAACCUCUCCAGGCCUCAGUUUCCCCAUAUGUAAAAUGAGAGAGGAUGCUAGACAAGAUUACUUCUCAAGUCCGUUCUAGCUUUAAACUGUGAUUCAAAUUCAACCCUCCACCCACUGUACCAGGUCUUCUUCUCUGAAUCUUUUUUGGUGUCUUAUACAUUUAGAAAUGCUCCUUGGUGCACUUGUGUAGAUUUAAAGAAUUUGAGUAUGAGUUUUGAUUUAUGGAUUAUACAUGUAUCAUGUCAAAUAUGAUUUAUCGAAACAGAUUAGUAGUAAAAUUUUUUGUAGAAGAGUUUUGUUAAUGUGUUACUUUGUCUAGUAAACACAAGUUUUUCAGGGUGGGAUGUGUGUGUGUGUGUGUGUGUGUGUGUGUGUGUGUGUUUUGAGAGAUUAUCACUUGGAUAUACUAAUCUGCAUUGGCUGAAAAGCAGGAAAUCCAUAUUUAUAUUUUGAAUCUGCAUAGUAGAUCAGUGGGAAAGAGCUAAUGGAUUUUUAAAAAUCCAAAUUCACAAAUAUUUGACUUUUUGAAGAAUAAACUUUCCAAAUGGAAUAUGGUAAUUAAGGCUGUAACUCCCAAGUAUAACUUUUAAAUUUAAAAAAAAAAUAGACUAAACAGCAGAAGAGUAAAUAAUGAAGGGGGAAAAAAACAAGUUGUAGGUUACAAAGACCCCCAUUUGACCCCACAAUAUUCAAUGAUGCUUAUUUUUAGGUACUUGUUAAACAGUAACCAUGAUUUGUAGACACAUGAGAUGGUGAUAUUUUAGGAACUUGAGAAUUUAAGAUGAUGGUACAGUUGAAACUUUACUAAAGAAGUGACAUUACAGAUACCCAACAAUGUUCUGAGAUAUUCUACGAUUUUUUUUUACGUGUUAGAUCCUAAGAAGGCUCUAAAUUAGAUAAAGACAGCUUGAGUCAUGACAAACAUAGGUUGCUCUGAAUUAAGAACUAGAGAGGGGUUGAGGGAAAUAAUAAAUAUAUUUAUGUAGUGCCUUAACAUUUAUAAAAUGCUUUCUGUUUGCAAACGUGAAAAAAUAGAACCUAGUGAUUACAAAAGCUUGAUUUUAAAUAAAUUAUUUUGGUUUCCCAUG